UUCAAGGCCCAACAAUGUAGGGAACUGCGUCAGCGUCACUUCCUCCCUUCUUCUUGUUUAUUUACGUUAACACUAGCACCCAUACAUGUAUUAUACCAGCACCACAUUGAAUGAAAUAUUUUUGACAACAUAUUUAACGGCUUUUCGUAUGGAAACAUUGGAACAAGCAGCCAAGUAAUGGAUUGUCUACUAAAACCACUGUAGCUGAUGGCACGUAGUCUGCCAGAAUGCUGCACCAUUUUGCACGGACAUUAAGCAUCACCCAAUUGGCUGAUUAACUUAAAGUUCUCCACUACUGUUCUGAGUGAGCCAGCAAACGCAUGUCGCGAAUCAGGACCACACUCGACAGUGUCACCAAGGCAGUAGGCAGCACAGACCUCAUCUCCAAGUUCUCCCGCUUCAAGCCUGGCAGUGCUACAGUCGACAGCAGCACCCAUGCGGAAAAGGUUCUGGGCAAAACCGAAACCGUAACGUCAAACAACACAGCUGUGGCCUCACCCGAAACCAACAUGAAAGAAAAUAUAGAAGAAGAAGAAGGCGAUAGGAAUACAGCCAUGGAAGAGGCAGAAAAGCAAUGGCAGAACGUUACAGAAAAUCCAUUUGUUGCCGCAAAGAAGUCCACAUCAGGUUUAGGCUCCGCAGCAAAUGUGUCUGCAUCAAGUUCUUCCUCGACUGUGGCAAAACAAACUACGCAGCUGUUUCACCCAGCAGCUCUGUCUAGCAACAUGGAUGAGACGUACAAAACUCUGGCUCAUCACAUCAAUAGUUACUUUGGUACCAACACACAAGAGGGAGAAGGAGACAACGGGCCGCUACAGCAGCAGAGGCACAGAGAAGCGGAUAAUCCUGUUUCUGAGCCCACUCUCAGCGCUGUUGCUCCGACGACUAGAGACCACAUUCCUAUUUUGUCUUCAGUGGCAGAGGCUAAAAGUAUUAAAGCACCCACUACCUCUCCUCCCGCUCCAUCCCCAUCUCCAGCAGGGACGCCCCACUUUGACACCCCUGCGACUGAAAGCACAGCUCAGUCCAUCCCUGUGCCGGCUACCGCCCCUAAAAAAGGCUUCACCCACUAUCUUUCCUACCCUCGGCCCAGCGUACAGGCGUUUGUCGGCAGCUACAUCGCACCCCUGGUGCCCAAAUUCAGAAGUGAUUCCAAAAGCAUUGCAGCUCAGAAAGACAAGUCUUCAGCAGUCGCUGUUGCAGAGCCCACUAAAGCCAAGGCAGGAGAGAAGAAGACAGAAGACGGUGCAGAGGAGAAAGUGAAGCAGCUGUUGACUCAAAGAGAGAAGAUAAAAGCCAGGGUGAGUGUAGACAACAGGACCAGAUCUCUUGUUAAAGGCCUUCAGCGAGUGAAUGAUGUCAAGCUCCUCACCAGUCGAGUGGAGGAGCUCAGCUAUCACGUCCUGGAGUUCCCCGAGACGAGAGGUGUAGCUAUCAAGGAGAGUGUGUUGCCCUGCCUGCUGCGAUUGCGCCAGGCCAGAGACCUCCCUCUUCAGGCUGCUGUGAGAGAAGCACUGGCUCUGGUUGGCUAUGCUGAACCAGUAAAAGGCAGAGGAAUUCGGGUCCUGACCAUAGAUGGAGGCGGAACAAGGGGACUGCUAGCCCUGCAGACUCUCUAUAAACUGCAGAACUUGACCGGCAAACGCAUCCACCAGCUGUUCGACUACAUCUGCGGAGUCAGCACAGGUGCUAUUUUGGCCUUCAUGCUGGGUAUUUUUCAGAUCCCGUUAGAGGAGUGCGAGGAGAUGUACAGGAAGCUGGGCACGGAUGUCUUCAAACAGAACGUCAUCGUUGGAACUGUAAAGAUGGGCUGGAGCCAUGCUUUCUAUGACAGUGAAAUAUGGGAAAACAUCCUCAAGGAACGGAUGGGUGAGGGGCAUAUGAUUGAGAGUGCCAGGGACCCACACUGCCCUAAGGUGUCAGCCGUGAGCACCAUUGUGAACAGGGGUUUACCUCUGAAGGCCUACGUGUUUAGGAACUACAGACUCAUGCCAGGAGUGAGAUCCCACUACCUUGGAGACUGCAACCACAAAAUGUGGCAGGCUAUCAGGGCCUCGUCUGCAGCCCCGGGCUACUUCCAGGAAUUUGUCCUGGGAAAAGACCUCCAUCAGGAUGGAGGUCUCCUGAUCAACAACCCCACAGCGUUGGCCAUCCAUGAGUGUAAGUGUCUGUGGCCUAACACACCACUGCAGUGUGUGUUGUCUCUGGGCACCGGACGCUACGAGACGGAGGGCAACAACAGCACAACCUCCACGAGCCUCAAGACCAAGCUCAGCCACGUCAUCAGCAGUGCCACGGAUACCGAGGAGGUGCACACCAUGCUGGACGCACUCCUGCCCCCUGACACGUACUUCCGCUUCAACCCCUAUAUGAGCGAGGACAUCCCGUUGAACGAGAGCCGCAUGGAGAAGCUGAACUUCCUCAAAGGCGAGGGGGAGCGCUACCUGGAGCGCAACGAGGCCAAGCUGAGGAAGGCAGCCAGCGUGCUCAGCCAGGAGAAGAGCGCCAUUCAGAAACUGGCCGAGUGGGCCAAGCUCAAGGCCGAAAUGUACGAGGGUCUCCCCUUCAUCUCCAAGCUGUAGUUAUUGGCUGGGCAACAGUGUGACCUCAAGGGAGUUUUUAAGGUAAGAAGACAUGGAGUGUAAAAACUCCCAAUACCUGAUCGAUUAGGGCGCAAACUGGACUUUUAGUUUUUAAGCAUCUCUGUACACUUACCAAACUAUUUGUUCACAUGUUCUGAUCAUCAUCUACCUAACACUAAAAGGACUGUUUGAGAAAUGCAUAACUAUGAUCAUUCAUUAUAAAACACAAUGCUCUACUGUAAAUAAUAGUGUGAAAUUACAAAUGUGGUGUAAUUUGCUCUUUAGUGGGACAGAAUGUGUCUGAGAUGGAGAUGGAAUAAUAUGCUUUGAAAAGAUUUCGGCAGGUUUUGACGCCACGAUGAAAUCAUUCACUUGAAGGGUUAGAGAAGGUAAAUGUAUGCUUACAUAAAUGUAUGAAUUUUAGGUUGACUGAACGCACAAAGACAGUAAUGUGGCACUACAUAUAACCAUAUUAUGAAGGAUUAAUUAUAGUGUAGAUAUUAAAAAAAAGACUGAUGCUGCAUUUCCAGCAACUUGAAUACAUUUCAAUGUAAUGAAUACAUGGUUGCACAGUGAAACCAUAAACAUGACUGCCUAUUUCUAACACUGUACAGGAGAAAGACUUGUAAAUUCUUUAACUGAGAAGAUGUAAAUAAUAUUUGAAGUAAUUAUGAAGUAUUUGAAUGGUCUUGCUAGAAUUCUAGAAUAUUGCUGAUUCUUAAUUUCAUUGUGCUGUAUUGGCACGUGCAGACACUGGAAUCUGUUCCGAUACUAAUGACGAUGCAUCAGAAUGCGAUCACUGUUUUCCUCGUGGUACAAAGCGUGUCCUCCUUGGUGGCCCAGCUUUUGCCUUUAACCUCCCUGAAUUCCUCAGCUCUGGUCGACGCACACUUUAUACAUUUGACACACUUUUCACAUUGUGAGAAUCCUAAUUCCUUCCUGUCUUUAUUUGCUUGAUGGAAUGCGAAUAAGAAAUGUCAUGCAAAAAUAAAACUUGGGUUUUCGAAACCUUGAUCUAAA